AUGGAUGAGAAAGGCUUCAUGCUUGGUGUAGCUACAGGGAUAUCGCCUUUAAACCCAGAAGUAAUCCUUCAGCGCUUCUCUAUUNCUGAUCCUACGAGCGACAGUGACUCCUCAGCCCUCAGUGCCUCCGAUUGGAGGAAGAUAGAGCAUCUGCUGCGUCAGGUAGUCGCUGAUCAGGGCGAUAGGCAGGUUAAAAGGCUCAGCCAGGUCCUUCACUCAAGUUCUGCUCAAAAUAGUCUCCUCAAGGAGGAGAUAAGGAGACUGAGGGAGGCCCUGAUCAAUGAGAGGACGCGCAGGAAACGGGGUAAGCUUCUAUCUCUGCAGGAGGCCGAGGAUUAUCACGGUGGAGCUGUAUUGUGGUCUCCAAGGAAGGUGAAGGAGGCGCGCGAUCGGCUGCAACUCCAGGAGGAGGAGCAGGAGCAACUACAGCUCCAAAAAGCCGAUAUGAUAAGGCAACGCGAGGAGGCAAAGCAGGCGAGGGCGAUAGAGAAGGAUCAGAGGCGUCAGGCGAGGCUUGCAGUAAGCCUAAUGAGGCAGAAGGAGAGGGAGGAGAAGGCUAUUGAAAAGGCCUCAAGGAUUGCGGCUCGCAAGGCUGCAAAACGACUUCAAAAAGCUAUUAAAACUACCCAAAGGGGCAAGAGGAGCAGCCUCAAGGCUCCUACAAAGGCUACUCGAAAAAAGAGGCCUAUCGCGAGGCCUCAGGGUGAUGAGGAGCCUCAGGGAGGUGCAGUAGGAUCACCACCUCCAACCUCGCGUCGCAGCCGCGCGAUUAGAACUCCAUCUGGAUUUCUAUAG